ACAGAAACGUUAUCUCCCACUUCUCUCUCAUGGAACUUCCUCACACCUCCUCAUCGGCCGCCGUCGCCGGAAUCUUCGCCCUUCUAAUCUUCCUCUAUGCCCUCUUCAACAUAUAUAAAAGACUCAGCUCUAAUCCAAAGAGACUCCCACCGGAACCCGCCGGAGCAUGGCCGGUGAUCGGUCACCUCCAUCUACUAAGCACAACAGAGCCAGCCCACAUAACGUUGGCCAAAAUGGCGGAUGUGUACGGACCAAUCUUUACAUUAAGGUUGGGCAUGCACAAAGCCUUGAUUGUAAGCAGCUGGGAGAUAGCAAGGGAAUGUUUUACGACAAAAGACAGAAUCUUUGCCUCUCGACCAAAGCUUGUCGCCUCAAAGCUGCUUGGUUAUAACUACGCCAUGAUGGGGUUGAGCCCCUAUGGCUCACACUGGCGCCAUGUUCGUAAAAUGGCCACUCUCGAGCUCUUCACGAACCACCGCCUACAGCAGCUCCAACACGUUAGGGUGUCGGAGGUUGAAAGUGCGAUUAAGAAGCUGUAUGCGUUAUGUGGUAAUGGAAAGGAGAAAGCUUUGGUGGAUAUGAAGACGUGGUUUGGUGAUAUUACUCUCAAUACCAUAUUCAGAGUAGUGGUCGGAAAACGAUUCUCGACGGCGGUGGAGGGUGGCGGUAAUGAUGAGUAUCGGAAGGCGUUGAGGGAAUUCUUUGAAUGGUUUGGAGUGUUUGUUCCUUCGGAUUCAUUUCCGUUUCUUAAAUGGUUGGAUUUGGGAGGACAUGAGAAGGCCAUGAAGAAGACGGCGGAGGUUUUGGAUGACGUGUUUGAUAAAUGGGUGGAAGAGCGUCGGAAAAUGAGAGCUUCCGAUGAAGCGAAGACGGCGGAGCAUGAUUUCAUGGAUGUCAUGCUUUCUACUGUUAAGGAUUAUGAUGAACUUUCGAGCUAUGACGCUAAUACCGUUAUCAAAUCUACAUGUUUGGCACUUAUAUUGGCAGGUUCGGAUACGACGACAGUUACGAUGAUAUGGGCUCUUUCUUUACUACUCAACAAUCCCGAAGCACUCAAGAAAGCUCAGAUUGAAUUAGAUGAACACGUUGGGAGACAGAAACAAGUGAAGGAAUCAGACGUGAAAAAUCUUGUAUAUCUCCAAGCAAUUGUGAAGGAAACGUUACGUUUGUAUCCUCCCGGGCCAUUUGGCAUUCCUCACGAAUCUACUGAGGAUUGUACUAUUAAUGACUAUCAUAUUCCAGCAAGGACACGUUUGAUGGUAAACAUUCAGAAACUUCAAAGAGACCCACGAGUAUGGGAAGAUCCUUGUGAAUUUCAACCAGAGAGAUUCCUAACCCGUCAUAGAGAUUUUGAUGUUAGAGGACAAAGUCCUGAGUUCAUACCAUUUGGAAACGGACGAAGGAUGUGUCCUGGAAUCUCAUUUGCCCUUCAAAUUAUGCAUUUAACUUUGGCAAAUCUACUUCAUAGAUUUGAGAUUGACAGGUCAUCUAAAGAGUUAAUGAAUAUGGAAGAAAGCGCGGGUAUGACGAGUAUUAGAAAGGGCCCACUCGAGGUGGUUUUAAGUCCACGUCUCCGUCUUUGAUAUCCACUCAAGAUUGUUCAUCUAGUUCAACUUACGCCUUCCCAAAUGUUUCUUGAAUAAUACUAUCAAUAAUAAAAAUAAUUAGCAUGAAAAAGAUUUAAGCGA